ACACAUCUCAGUUCGCUGUGAAUUUUUACCUCCUUCGCCCGACAGUAGUGCGUGUGUAUCGCGAGUCGAACGGUGAAAAUGAAAAUCGUGUUGUUUUUAAUAAUAUUUGUGCAUGGAAGUUAUGGUGUUAUUUUUAGACUCAAUGAUUCAAUGUACGACCGAAUGCCUCCACUCCACAAGAUGGACAACUAUGAAGGGUGCUUGGAAAAUAGCACAAACCGGUACUGCCUUGUACACUUCACGCUAGUGUCAGAGGAACCAAAUGACCUUUUGUAUAUGAUCCAGGAAUACUCAAUGAAAGUAACUACACAUUUAAACUAUACCUAUCUGAGAUAUGGGAUGUGCCUCAAACAUAAGUGUGAUAAUUAUAAAGGGGAUAAAAGUAUCACUUCAAGAGAUCACCUGGGGACAUGUCUAAACGAUACGUUUUCGAAAAACUACGGAUUAAAAACAGUGAUCACAGACGUUUCUUGCAAUGCAAUUCAACAUGAGAGGUUAAUGAACUUCGAUAUGGGAGAUGUGGGUGUUGCAAUGGCAGUAUUUUUAUUAUUAGCGUUAAAUAUUAUUGGAAGUAUAUAUGACGCUUUUACUAUAAAUGAAAAGCAUCAAGAUCAAAAGUUCCUUUUGUGUUUCUCAAUACGCCACAACUGGAAGAGGCUAACUUCAUGUACAGACGUUGGCGAUGAAAUGAGCCGGUUUCAGAUUUUGUAUAGCAUAAGAUCAUUAAUUAUUAUAGGAGUGAUAUCGUCACAUAUUUUAGUACCCUUUCUUCUCAUAGGAAAGGAAACGAAAGGGAUGGAAGACGCCUACCUGAAUCCAAUUCAAGCGAUGUUUCUAAGUGGGCCAUUACUGAUACAAACAUACUUUGUGAUGUCAGGCUUUCUGUUAGCCUACAAAAUGCAAAUACAUUUCAAAAGGAACAAUGUGAACUUAUUCUUUUUACCACGCCUGAUAUUCUUCCGUUGGUUGAGAUUAACGCCUCCAUAUGCAGUACUGCUAGCUUUUAUGGCCACAUGGUUGAGAUUUUUCAAAACGGGCCCAUUUUGGGAGAUCUCGGCUGGCGUGGAGGUAGCUGAUUGUAGGAAUCGAUGGUGGUUUAAUUUACUUUACAUUAACAACUAUAUAUAUCACUCACAGUGCAUGCCGCACAGCUGGUAUAUAGCAGCUGACAUGCAGCUGUACGUCCUAGGUGCAGUACUGUGUCUUAUACUUAGAUAUAUCAAGAGACCAACACGGAUUUUACUGCCGCUGUUUCUUGUCGGUCUUUUGGUGCCAGCAGUCCACACUUAUCUGCAGGAUUUAGACCCAAUGCUUCUAUUAAAACCGACAGGAUGCGCUACCUUCUUCGAUAGUGAUAAAACAUACAACGAGGUGUACAAAAGAGGCCACACGAAUAUGGUCAGUUUUAUAAUCGGAUUAAGCACGGGAUACAUGCUUAUGAAUAUUUGGAAGACAAAAGUUGAAUCUAUCAAAAGAUAUAAGAAAUAUUUCUUCCUACUAUGGUUUAUUAUUCCCAUCGGAGCAGUCUUCAUGUAUAUUGGAGGUUCGGUGUUCUACAGGGACGCUCCCCGGGACUCGAUUUAUGUACGAACAAUAUUUGCGAUGAUUUCAAGACCUUUUAUGGGAUUUUUGGCAGCCUUCUUCAUGUUAGGAAUGAUUUUGAAAAUUGAAAGUCUGAAAAUAAAUGAGGAUAUAUUAAAGGAUCGCAGUAUCAUACAUACUUGGCGGCAUCGAGUGAAAGAAUUACUCCGCGUGAUUAUGAAUUGGGAUGGCUGGAUGAUACCUGGGAAAUUGUCCUAUUGCGUAUACUUAAUACACUUCCCUAUCAUCAGGAUUACCACGGCGGUGAUCACUACACUAAUUCCUUCAUCGCCGCUUUAUAUUAUAGCAGCGUUGAUUGUUCUCACUGUGGUGUCCUUCAUCUUAGCAGUUCCUAUAUCCUUAAUGGUGGAGAUUCCAUUUAUACGUCUCAUCAAGGAAUUCUCUAGAAAUACGCCAAAGAGUGGAGACGGAAUAACCACACGACUUUGAAAGAAAGGAAGUUGAUAAUGUUUCAGAAUAUUUGCGGAGUCUCUAUUCACUAAAUAUGGAAGACGGUUUAAAAGUGACUUUGUUUCAUGUCACUUUCAUGAAUAUUUUUAAGGCAAGUGGGUUAGUGUUCGUAAACCGAAUUGUUUCCAGCAGACACAACCACCACCGCGAGCGUAAAAUUAAGGAGACAGUAUGGUUUUGAUGAUUUAGUUAGUAAUAUUUAUUUAUAAUCAGUGGUUGCGUCAAUAUAUAAGAUGCUAAAAGUGUGUUUGUAAAAACUAUAUAUGGUGUAUUGUUUGUCUCUUCAAAAUGACAUCCUUAAUGUACCGUCAAUGAUUUUAUUAAGAUUUUGGUUUAAGUGGAGAAUCACAAGGCAAGUGCCUAUAUAGUGUAAGAGUAUGAGUCAAAGUCUAGAAUUAGCAUGAAUUUCGCCAUAUAUCCAUACAUAAGAAAAGUAUGUGGCACUGUAUUAGAUUUUGUCUUGAUACAUUUGACAUGUACUCGUAUCCAUUUUAACUCUGGCCCCAAAUAAUCUAGCUUUGGAUUCAAGGCGCAUUCGAGUACCAGAAAAAGAAACUUUAAGGUUAGAAAAUACUGUUAUUAACGAGUAAUACGCUAAACGUGUCUAAUAUAUUCUUUAAUAAUAAGACAGUAUUAUAAGUUAUUAGAUAAAUGAAAACCUACAGUGAUUCUAUGCAUUUUGUUUAGGUAAUUUAUUAGAUAUAUUAUCUGUACUCCUGACAUAAUGUUAAGUUACCCCGAGAUCGCAAGAUAUAUCGAAAUUGCAAACAUUGGUGUAGCGGUGCUGUAUUCAAUGAAGUCUAGAUUGCCAAGACAUAGCAACGACAAGAUUUUUUUUAACUCUUUUAACAAAACGUUGCGGAAGAUGAAAUUACAAUUAAAUUAUGAGACAAAUAUUAAUUGAUAUGUACAAAUUGCGUUAAAAUUGUACUUAGUAAUCAUUGUUCAGUAACGUUUAUCAACGAGUUUUAAGUGCUGCCAAAUGUAUUUAUUUUUACGAAUAUGCUCCAAAUGUUUUCUCAAUGGUUUGAUUAAUGUUCGUAGUACCACAAUUUUUUUGAUGCGCGAACUAGAUAUUGUCAUUAGUUGUAAGAUCGUUUGUCGUCAUGCUGGACGCCUGGUGUAUCGUUUGUAUUUCCACCACACUAUAAACACCUAAUUUAAAAACUAUGUAUGUAUAGAUAUAGGCAUUGUUUACUACGAGUAACAUACAAUCAAAACUACAGUUUAGAACCCACAUUAGCCUAGCAAAACAAACAAAUACCUGAAGUUUGCGCGAGAUGAGACAGACGAUAAAGUGUUUCGAAGAACAAAAAUGAAGUAAACGCCAAAUGUUUAAAUAACUCGUAAAAUAUACAAUAUUUAAUAAAAUCGCUUGUGAGAGCUCACGGCCAAUCUAAUGUGCUACUAACUAAAUCUAAUUCAGUUAAUUUUGGCUUCCUAAUACUCGCCAUGAUUGAACAAAAUUCGACAAAAGUUAGAGGUGAUUUUAUGUUUAUUUUAGUAUCGAGUAAUUUAUAUUGUAUUGUGAUUUUAAUUAAAGUCAACCAUUGAAAUUGUAGGAUCACUACAUAUUUAUUGUUUUUAUUUCAAGCAUCAUAUAAUUAGAAAAAAUCAAAUCUACGAUGAGUGAUUUGGGUUAGUGCCCGCUUUUAAGAACGUUAAAUGAUGGAUCGGAAUGGAUUUUGAUUAAAAUGUAUUUUAUUUAUUAUUUCUAGUUUAUAUAUUAUGUUUCAAUUAUCAUAAUAACAUAUCACAAUUUGAAAUAUAAAGCUAGUCGAUAUUUUGUAUGCUUACAUCAUUUAUAUUAAUUUGCUAGUUAUGGUAAUUUUUAUGAUAAAGCAUGUUUUAAUGCGAUGUAUCCUGUGUGUUUAGAAUAUUAACAUAAACAAAUUGAUUAUCAA